AUGGUGAUCAAGAACUUCAUGGAAAUAUGGAAGAGGAUAUUAUUGAUGAUCAAAACUAUAGUUGAAUUAGUAAAAGUAAAUUUUAUUGACGGAUCGGAAAUUAAAGGAACAGUCUCCAACGAUAGCAAGUCUUCAGGAUUACUGCUGACUCGUAUGAAGACAUAUAACUGCUUAAGGGAAAAUCCAUUGAUCCAUAACUGUAAUAAAAACAUUUCUACAACAUCCAAUGUAACUGUUACAAAGAAACACAACACAAAAAAAGAGCACAAAUGUAAUGUCUGUGAUAAACUGUUUCCUUAUCCAUCAAAAUUAAUUAGACAUACAAGGAUGCAUACUGGAGAAAAGCCGUAUACAUGUGCUAUCUGUUGUAACCGGUUUUCUCAGAAAUCAAGUUUAACCAAACAUUCGAGGAUACAUACUGGUGAAAAGCCGUAUGCAUGUGCUUUCUGUCAUAAACGGUUUUCUACUACAACUUACUUAAAAAUACAUAUAAGGAUACAUACAGGUGAAAAGCCGUAUGUAUGUGAUAUUUGUUAUAAACAGUUUAAUCACAAAUCAAAUUUAAGACGCCACACAAGAAAACAUACUGGAGAAGAACCUGGUAUGGAUGUGGUAAAAGACAUUAAAACAUUUAUAGAGAAUCUUAAAAAGUUUGAAGCUAUAAAUCUAUGUUAUAGUGGUUCUGAAGCUAGCAAGCCUAUCCAUAUCUUUAUUAUCUAUGUUAGAGACUGUCUAUAA